AUUUUCACAAAUGAUAAUUAGAAGAUGUUCAAUUUCUAAUUAUGCAUCUCAAAGAUCAUAGUCUUAAAAGUAAUAACUCAGUAUAAUACUUUUGUAGAAUGUCAGAAAAUGAAUAAUGCAGUAGUAAUUCUCACUUCUCAACAUGCUGUAGCAAUACUUCAUCAGAAAUCGAUGAGAUUGAUGAUCCUUUGAAUUAUGCUUCCUUUAAGGAUUUCCAAGCUGUCUUGCCACUUGUGAUCAAUGGUGUCAGAAUCCAGAAGGUGACUUGGGAUCUCUUCUCUGCUCCUCCAAAUUUGUAUUCCCAAUGGAAAGCGCAUUGCUAUUGGACUGUUGGCUAUACAUAUGAGAUUACAAUGAAAAAAAUGAAGCAAAGCAAUAAAAUGCGAUAUCGAUUAACUGUUAAUGCUUGGUGUUGUUUAAAUAGCAAAUCGUGGGUUAAGAAUAAAUGGGAUCGCUUGUUGGAACAUGAAACUGGGCAUUAUCUCAUUGGGUGUUUGUGUGCUUUAGAAUUCAAAGCGAGGUAAAGUAGUCAAAUCUUAUUGUAGAGUUGAUAAAACUAAAUUUACUAGGAACUAUCGCCUUGAAUCUACAUAAAUCUUCUAAGAUACAUUCUAGGAAUACCUCUCCCUAGAAAGAAGGUACGACGAAGAGACCAAUCACAGUCAAAAUAUUAGCAGAUAAAAGGAGUGGAAUGAAUUCAUCAUUAAGGAAUUACAAAAAUACUGAUUUUAUUAUUAUUAAUAAUAUAUCUCAAAUAU